AUGGAAGCUCCUCCAGGCAUCGAUCCGAGCGAGUCGCGACAGACGCUCAUCGUCGGAGUCACGGCAUUUGUGCUUUCAGUCGCCUUCCUCGCAGUAUCAAUACGAACAUAUACCAGGGCCUUGAUGCUCCGACAAUUCGGCCUCGAUGACUGGACUGCCAUUUUCACUUUUGUAAGCCAAUGGCCACGUUUAUUCAAGGUCGACAACCUGCUUAUACUGUUUCCCCAGCUACUGAUAUUUGCUUGCGGCUUUUCCGUUGCAAUAAACACGAAGAAUGGCUUCGGAACGCAUGUGUACUUCCUCAACCCAGAUCAAAUCAAGUCAUAUUUGCGGACGUUUUACAUCACGAUUGUCUUCUAUAAUGCCGCCCUCGCCGGUAUCAAGAUGACUUUCUUAUUCCAAUACUACCGCGUAUUAGCUAUCCAGAAGAUGAAGAAGGUUUUCAUUGCCUGUAUGAUCCUAGUGGGUGGUUGGAGCAUCUCACAAAUCCUCGUCGAGAUCUUCAUCUGCACCCCUAUUCCUACCUUCUGGGACGCAGACGUGAAGGGAACUUGCAUCCCGAACUACCCACAGUGGUAUAUCAAUGCUGCCGGCAAUAUCAUCACAGAUCUCAUCGUCUUUGUACUGCCGCUUCCAGUCAUUGGCAAUCUGAAGCUCGCUCCGGGCCAGAAAUACGUUCUUCUUGGUAUCUUCUGCCUAGGAUUCUUUACCUGCACAAUCUCCUUCGUUCGAAUUCGCUUCCUCCACCAAGCCGAGGACUUCACUUGGGAAAACGUCGAAACCGCCGGCUGGUCAAUCGGCGAGCUUUGCUGCGGCCUGACCUGCGCUUGCCUUCCUACCUUCCGUCCCCUCGUCUCCAAAUUCAUCCCCGCCCUCUCAAGUCGCAUCACGAAGGCCUCCAAGUACCAUCAUGGCUACGGCUACGCCUCAAGUAGAACCCCUGGUACUUCUAAGCAGCAAGAUGUCGAACUUGGUGCCACUCCUCCGCACGACAGUCAUAGCUCACACCGAUACUCGAAACGCAGACCCGAUUCCUCCGAUAGCAAAGCCGACCUAUACGGAGCUGCAAAUUACGACCUCAGCCAUUCCGAUUCGAACCGUGAUACGGGGCUCCCCAUCCAGGGCCAUAAAGAGAAUGGGCAAAUCACAGACAGCGAGAUUGUGCCUUCGCCUAUGAUGUUCCGACAUCAGAAGCAGGAAACAAUAGAGGUUGGAGGCUAUGUAUCCGAUCAUAGCCCAAGGGUUGAGACACGUAUCGAGGCUGGAAAGAGGUCUUCUGACUUCGGAGGGAAGCAAGCAGGUCCCAUCGCAGUCACCUGUGACAUUGUGCAGGUUGCUUCUCCCAGGGUUGAGCCGAAGGGAUUCCCAUGA